CAACGAUCACAAAGAACAUACAACCCCCCCCCUCUUCAUCUACACGACAUCCAAUUACUCCGUAUACAACCAAUCUAGAUUGUAUCAACCCAAAAUGGCAACCCCCAACUCACCAAGAAUAACCCUGAACCCCCCAAACCACCACACCACCCAAUCCAACCCCCAAAACCCCCCUCCACCCAUCGCCUUCCUCACCGGCACCUGGCACGUCACACAUUCCAGUCUGCCCCUCUGGAAAGACAAACGCAACGUCUCAAUCACUUAUACAGCUAUCCCGUCCACCAACGCCGACACCGGCACCGGCACCACGCCAGGAAGUGGAAUUGAUCAUGAUACCACCAAACUAGACGACCUGGUCCAAUAUCAAUCGCGGAACCCGCUAAAGUCCAAAGUACACACCGUGCACGGGAUAGACACGCCUUCGCUGUCGAAUCCGGGGGCGUGGGAUUGGCGCGGGAAAGGGUGGUUGAUGAUUGCGUCGUCGCAUUGGGAGGUAUUAGGGUUUGGAGAAAUUGCGUCCGAACGGGCUGGGGAUGGAACUGGAACAGAGCCUGAAAAUGGAAGUGGAAGUGGAACUGAGGCUAUGACUGCAGGCGAGGAAGAGGGGAAUGCAUGGGUGGUUACUUAUUUUGCUAAAACGCUGUUUACGCCUGCGGGGAUUGAUGUUUAUUCGAGGCGGAAGGAGGGUGUGUCCCAGCAUGUUUUGGAGGGGAUUUUUGAGGCGUUGAGGGGGUUACAGGUACGGGAGAUUGGGGUGCUUGUUGAUGGGGUUUUUGAGAUCCCGAGGGAUUGAGGGAUUGAGGGAUUGAAGAGGGAAUUAGUAUGGAAUUUGCUUUGGAAUGGGAUGUGUUGGACGUGACAGUAUCUACUAUGUGUGCUGGAAUUAAUUAAUGGCUGAAUUUGAUAUCGGAGUCUCCAGUAUCAGUGGCUUUAUUAAUGCUGUAGUUCGAGG